AUGAUUGAGAGUGUAUCACGUCGUGCCUUCAGUAGCUCCAGUGGUACCUAUAAUGUUCGCGCCUCAGAGCUGGCGCGCGAACGUAAACUUAACAUCUUCAAUGUCACUGUUGUGUUUUUGGACGAUACCCAGCACUCGUUUCAAAUUGAGAAAAAAGCCAAAGGAAGUGUACUCCUGGAGCAUGUAUUUCAACAUCUAGAAUUAGUAGAGAAAGAUUAUUUUGGUUUACAAUUCACUGAGAAUGGUUCCACACCAAAUGCAACUAACACAGAAAUAACGCGUUGGCUUGAUGGUGGUAAAUCAGUGAAGAAGCAAGUGGGUGUCAAUGCACAAUUCUGGCUUGCAGUUCGCUUUUAUCCUCCAGAGCCUUGUAGACUGGGCGAAGAAUUUACAAGAUAUCUCUUAUGUUUGCAAUUGAGAAAACUUUUGUUUGACGGCAGAAUGACUGCACCUAAAAAUACUGCAUUGUUGCUCGCAUCAUUCACAGUACAAGCUGAAAUAGGUGAUUAUAACGCAACAGAGCACCAAAUGAACUAUUUAUCAGACUUGUGCCUUUUGCCCAAACAAUGUGCGGAGGAUGAACGAAAGAUACGUGAGUUACACAAGUUACACAAGGGCCAGGCGCCGGCGGAUGCUGAAGCGAACUUUUUGGAACACGCCAAAAGAUUGGACUGUUAUGGCGUUGAAUCGCAUCCAGCAAAGGACUACAACGGUAAAGACAUAUUUAUUGGCGUGACGUCAAUAGGUAUAGUGGUGUUUCAGAAUAAUAUUAGAGUGAACACAUUUUCUUGGAGUAAAAUUGUGAAGAUUUCCUUCAAGAAGAAACAGUUCUUUAUACAGCUUAAACGAGAACCAUCCGAAUCAUACGACACAGUGCUGGGCUUUAACAUGCGUUCGGGUCGAGCUGCGAAGGCCCUCUGGCGGUGUAGUGUGGAACGUCACGGGUUCUUCCGUCUGAGGGCCCCCCGACGACGACCCCUGUUGGGGGCCCUGGGGGCCCUCGCAGGGGUCACUGCCCCCACGGUCGCGAGGACCGAGACACAAGCUUUGGAAGACGCGAGACGGUCUAGGUCGACUAAUAGGAGCUUUGUAAGACGCAGCAGUUCUCGGACGCGCGAGCGGUCGGCGGGCGCGUCGCCGGCGCUGGCGGCGGGCGGCGCGGCGCGCGGCGCGCGCGUCACGGCGCACGACGCGCCGCCGCCGCGCGCCGCCUGGGGCGACGCCGCGCCCGACCGCGACGAUAGCGACGGUGGUUUCCUAGAACGCGCUCUCCGAGUACCACUCACCUAUGUAGAUGAAUCUGAAUCGGAAUCGGCUCCUGAACGUAACGAGGAGGAUACAGAAGCACACGAGGGGGCAGUGUGUAUCCGGCUGUCCGCGGGGCCGGAUGGUCGCUUCGGGUUCAAUGUAAGGGGUGGGGGCAAUAACACGCCCGUACUCGUUUCUAGAGUCGCCGCCCGGACUAGGACGCAGUUGCAGGAAGGUGAUCAGGUUAUUUCAAUAAAUGGGAAGGAUGUUGACGAAAUGACACAUGAGCAAGUUGUGCAAAUGAUUAGGAACACGAAAGGCGUUUUGACGCUGUUGGUUAAACCUAAUGCGGUGUAUGAACCAGAGGAAGGCCCAGAGGAGCCAGCUGUAUGCUUCGUCCCGCUCGGUUCCACCCAGUUCGAGGGUGACCUUCUAGAACAAUCUAUGCUGUUGCUAGGCGACGGGCUCGCCAGCGGGAACGCCCUCAAACAGUACGACACGCUUCUACGUCGUUUGCCCGAAGAGAGUGCAAGUGCCUCGAAGCUACCACAGAAUAUAGCCAAGAACAGAUACAGGGAUAUUGCUCCGUAUGAUUCAACACGUGUCAUACUCAAGAAUGGCCCCACAGGCGACUAUAUUAAUGCAUCCUACAUCAAUAUGGAAAUACCGAAUUCGGAUCUUGUUCUUACAUAUAUAGCUACACAAGGCCCUUUAGCAUCAACAGUGGGUGAUUUCUGGCAAAUGGUGUGGGAGAGUGAGAGUAGUCUGGUAGUGAUGUUAACGGUCCUAGCCGAGCGUGGUCGCGCCAAGUGCCACCAGUAUUGGCCUAAAGUUGGUACCACUCUCAAGGCUACCAACACUCUAACAGUGGUUACCAACAGUGAACAGAAUCUAGGACAUUAUGUUAGGAGAGAAAUGUGUCUUAAGGACACGAGUAGCGGUGCGUCUCGCAACAUCACUCAGCUACAGUACACGGCGUGGCCGGACCACGGCGUUCCAGAAGAUUCCACGGCCUUCAUAGACUUCACACGGCUGUGUUCUCAACUAAGAAACCAUCGAGCUGUAAUACCGACAGUGGUGGAAGAGAUGGGCGGCGAGGAGCGUAUCCUGGAGCCGCCCAUGAUAGUGCACUGCUCGGCGGGCGUGGGGCGCACGGGCGCGCUGGUGCUGGCGGAGACGGCGCUGGCGCUGCUGGCGCGCCGCCAGCCGCUGUACCCGCUGGACCUGGUGCGCGCCAUGCGCACGCAGCGCCCCAUGUGCAUACAGAACGCUAGUCAAUACAAAUUCGUAUGUGAAAGCAUACAAGCAACAUACUCACAAGGUCUCAACGCUUCAGACAGCGCGUCCAAC